GCUGGCCCUCCAUCAAGCCGGAGAUCAUCUGCAAGAUGGAGCGGGAAGAGAUGCCGUGCCUGUCAGACCCCCUCAGGGCGCAGCAGAGGCACCAGACCCCGGUGGCAGCACCCAGUGGCCCUGGAAUGAGGAGCAAGGCUGAGGGGGUCCCUGAGGAGCAGUCGGCACCCAGUGCCCUGCUCCUGGGGAUGCCCAAGCCAGGUGGGAGCCAGGAGGUCCCGUUGGAAUACUCCCUGUUCCAUCCCAUCCCGGCCCCUGGUCUGGUGGAGAAGACCCCUGCCACCUGCCCCGAGUGUGGCAAGAGCUUCAAGAGCCAGACUGGGCUGACCAAGCACAAGCGGAGCCACACAGGCGAGCGGCCCUACAGCUGCACCGACUGUGGCAAGAGGUUCACCUCCAGGCAUAACCUGGUCUAUCACCAGCGUGCACACACUGGUGAGAAGCCCUUCGCCUGCAGCCAUUGCCCCAAGGCUUACAGGGACAAAACCGCCCUCACCGUCCACCAGCGCUUCCACACGGGUGAGAAGCCCUACAAGUGUGGUCAGUGUGGCAAGAGCUACAGCCAGAAGGCCAGCCUGGUCAGCCACCAGCACAUCCACACUGGGGAGCGCCCCUUUGCCUGCGCCCUCUGCCCCAAGGCCUUCAGAGCCAAGAGUGUCCUCACUGCCCACCAGCGCAUCCACACAGGUGAGAAGCUCUACAAGUGUGGUCAAUGUGGAAAGAGCUUCAGCCAGAAAUGCAGCCUGGUCAGCCACCAGCUGAACCACACCGGGGAGCGUCCCUUCACCUGUGCCCACUGUCCCAAGGCCUUCAGAGCCAGGGGUGCCCUCACCGCCCACCAGCGCGUCCACACCGGGGAGCGUCCCUUCGCCCGCACCCGGUGCCCCAAGGCCUUCAGGGACAGGAAGACCCGCAGCAUUCACCAGCGCAUCCACACAAGUGAGAAGCUCUACAAGUGUGGUCAGUGUGGCAAGAGCUUCGGCCGGAAGGCCAGCCUGGUCUAUCACCAGCGCAUCCACACCGGGGAGCGCCCCUUUGCCUGCACCCACUGCCCCAAGGCUUUCAGGGCCAAGAACUUGCUCACUCUCCACCAGCGCAUCCACACAGGUGAGAAGCCCUACAGGUGUGGUCAGUGUGACAUGAGGUUCAGCCGGAGGAGCAACCUGGUCAGCCACCAGAGCAUCCACACCACAGAGCGCCCCUUUGCCUGUGCCCACUGCCCCAAGUCCUUCAGAGACAAGAGUGUCCUCACUGCCCACCAGCGCGUCCACACGGGUGAGAAGCCCUACAAGUGUGGUCAGUGUGGCAGGAGGUUCAGCCGGAAGGGCAGACUGAUCAGCCACCAGCGCAUCCACACCGGGGAGCGCCCCUUCGCCUGCACCCACUGUCCCAAGGCUUUCAACGCCAAGCACAACCUCACUGCCCACCAGCGCAUCCACACGGGUGAGAAGCUCUAGAAGUGUGGCUAGUGCAGCAAGAGCUUGAGCCAGAAGGGCAGCCCUCAGAAUCAGCUCAUCCACACUGGGGAGCGUCCCUUUGCCUGCGGCCACUUCCCCAAGGCCUUCAGGGAUGAGGAGACCCUCACCACCGUCCAGCUCAUCCACACUGACAAGGAGCCUUGCAAGUGCAGUGAGAAGCAGCACCAGAAGAGCCACCAGCGGGUGCACCAGGGGCAGUUGGCAGUACCACAGGGGGUCCAGUGGGUUGGGGGUUGUCCAUCCCUGGUGGGGGAGCAGGUGGAGCCCAAGCACUUCCAGUGCAGUGGCUGCGAGAAGCAGUUGCGGGAUGAGGGGAUCGUGCUGG